AUGGCCUUCGAGCACUUUGGAGCUCGCAGUAGCGCUGACCGAAAAAUCAGCUCCAACUGGCAGGUGAGACAGGUGGCCACACCGCUGCGUGCCUCGUUCAAGGUCAUUGCAUCGGCAGAGAAGACAGUGGCAUCAAAGGCCAGGAGGCGGCCGGCUUCAUUGAGUAAACCUUGCCCCAAGCUGGCUGGUCUGGACCCAAAGGUCAUGAGAGAGACAGACUCAUCCUUGCAUCGCAAGGUGGACAGCGGGGAGAUUCCUGGCGUGAUAAGCGUUGUGCUGAGGAACGGUGUGCUGGCGCACCUGGACGCGUACGGCUAUGCUGACCUGGAGCGCCAGGUGCCCAUGGGCCUACACACGAUUGUCCGCCUCUAUUCCAUGACGAAGUGCAUGGUUUCCGUGGCACUGGGCAUCUGCAUGGAGGAGGGGCUCGUGCAGCUAAAUGACCCUGUGAGUCAGUUCAUUCCUGCAUUUGCUGAAGUCAAAGUCAAAGUGGAGGAGGACGGUGUGAUCAAUGCAUUGGACAGACCAUUGACG